GGAUAUAUCCCAGUCCUCCUCAUUCAUUACAGGUUGUUAAUAAAAGUUCAACAGGUUUUUUUCGAAGGGAUUCCAAACAACAUCCAACAUAAAAACACCCCAAACCAACCCUGAUCUCUUCAAUAACACGUCAUGGACAAGCUAAAAGGGUCUGAGGGUCUGAGGUGAGGAUAUAUCCCAGUCCUCCUCAUUCAUUACAGGUUGUUAAUAAAAGUUCAACAGGUUUUUUUCGAAGGGAUUCCAAACAACAUCCAACAUAAAAACACCCCAAACCAACCCUGAUCUCUUCAAUAACACGUCAUGGACAAGCUAAAAGGGUCUGAGGGUCUGAGGUGAGGAUAUAUCCCAGUCCUCCUCAUUCAUUACAGGUUGUUAAUAAAAGUUCAACAGGUUUUUUUCGAAGGGAUUCCAAACAACAUCCAACAUAAAAACACCCCAAACCAACCCUGAUCUCUUCAAUAACACGUCAUGGACAAGCUAAAGGAGUCAACCGAGUGUAGAUGUACUUGUGGACAGUGCUGUUGUAAGAGUUCUAUGGAGAAAGUCAUGAAGUUAAGUGAGCAAUCAACAGUACGAGCCAAUGGUGGAGACCAUGUUGAACGACGUCCUUUUGCCAUCGCAUGUGAAUGGGACCGAAAACAGACCCAACAAUUUAGUGAUGAUGGCACUAAUACCUUUUUCUGGCAAGCACAUACCAUCACAGUCCUUGUUGGAAUGCUUGCUGUGCUUGUAUAUGUUGCAUUGUUUGAGUUAACACCAAUGGACAGUCAAUAUAAUACCAAAAGAGGAUUGUUCGCUUGUGUAAUGGUGUUCUUGUUGUUUGGUGUCACUCAGAUCAGAGACGGAUCAUUCUGAUGCUCGACAGUUGUUAAAAUAUUUUGACAAAAGUCUUGGAGAACCAUUACCAGAGACAUUGUACUGCGAUGAUUGUUCACUCUAUACUCCUGGCCAUCCAGAUGGUCCAUUUCAUAACUUCAUGGAAAAGUGUGACUUUUUUGUGUUCUGCCACUUGAUUGGAUGGUGGGCCAAGGCGCUGAUGAUCCGGGAUUGGUGGUUGUGUACUGUAAUUAGUGUUUUAUUUGAGAUUCUUGAAUAUACGCUGGAACAUCAACUGCCGAAUUUCUGUGAGUGCUGGUGGGACCAUUGGAUAAUGGAUGUGUUGUUAUGUAACGGUUUUGGAACAUACCUUGGGAUGAAGACUUGUGACUACCUGGCUAUCAAGAAUACAAACACUAUUAAGUGUGCAACAUAGUGGUGAGUAUCCCCGUCU